ACUAAUAGCGAUAUCACUAAUAAUUACUAAACCACAUCUGCCUAAGAUAAGAUGCUGAGAUCUCUCAGUUUCCGAAAGUUGAGCACCUUUGCGGAGAAGGCGGCAGCAAUAUUGGAGGCGGAGGAAGCGGGCGGUUGGCCGUUGGAUGGCGGUGGCGCGCGUCAUAUCGAUUCGACGGCGCCGCAGUGCGCGUUUAUUGAUCAUCAGAGAAUGGUUGGGGAUGGCGUAAGCGGCACGGCGCGGCCCCCACAGCGCAUGCAGCACACCAGAAAACAACGGCAGCAGCACUACCCGUGCUGCCUUUCCCCACCAUAUAACCAUUCAGAACCAUUGAGCAGCAACAGAAUCGUUGCGAAAGUCGGUUAGCAAGUUAGUGGGAUGAAGCAGUGCGCAGUGUAGCAGCAGCAGCAGCAGGCCGAGGCCAAGCAACGAUGCCCAAGAAGAAGCCGAUCCCCGUCGAGGAUCUGAUUAUCCCGCCGCAGGAUGGACGAAUCUGCGGCACUAUCUGCAUAUGCCAGAUGACGCUGGUUCUGAGCAGCGUCGCCCUAGUCUACCUGACGGUGGCCGUUUACGUGCCUUCAUCGCGCGCCUUCCAGUACGGAAUGGUGGAGGAGCCGGUCAUGUGCACGACCACGCGCGCCGUCACAGUGGAAACCUGCGAGUGGGGCUCCUGCGGCGAGUGGUGCCUGAGCAAGACCUCGGGAUCGUGCAUGCAAAUAUUCGUGAAUCUGCGGUACAACGGUAGUAGCAUAGUCCUAGCAAAUUGCACGAACACCGCCAACAAGACAUGUUAUGGCAUCGACCAGGAAAACGCGAAACGCAGCCGUUGCAUUGUCGAUGAAUGCAGGAAUCUAACUGGAACAUUUAACUGCUCCACCGGAAUGUGCAUCAACAUCUCGGACGCAUUUGAAUGCAUAUUCAAGGAUACAGAUCCUCCGCUCAAGUGUUCAGGUCGGCGUGGAAAGAUUACAUGCAUCGACCUGGAUGGUCUCUACAGUUGCAACAGAGGGACUUGCGAACGCAUUCGAACGCCAUACAACUGCGAGCGGCGGUGCGUCGAUAUACCCACACGGAACAAGAAUGUGAUACUCCUUAGCGGUGACAAGGUUUAUCUAUCGAAUUGUCAGCGGGCGCUCGAGCUAGACACUGGUGAGGAGAUUUGGAACAAAUCGCAGGGUAACAUCAUGAUGGCCUCCUGCUACAGCAUCGUUAAUGAGAGCCGCGGUGUUGUGGCCGUCGACUGCGUGAACGGCUCGCUGCUGGCCAAUAACAUCCUCAGCGACCUUACUAACUUUACCUACCUGAGCUACGUGAAUCUCUUCAACACCAUACCGCUUGAUGAUCGGCGGCGCAUGAUUCCACCCGAAACAGAUCUGAUCAUCGCCAACGAGAGCCGCCUACUGAUCAACCUCGAGGGUUGCGUGAACACGCUGCGCGACGAAUGCAAGGAGUUCCUCCGCGUCUACGGCAAGGACGGCACUGAUCAUAACGCCCGCGCUCGCUUUACUUGCUAUUACGCCAACGGCAACACCGACAUCGUUGUCGCCAGGUUCGACUUGGUGACUACCACCCGCCAAUUUUGGAUUGCGUCGUUGCUGCCUUCGGUACUCUUCUUCGUAUCGUGUCUAACGCUAAUAAUCUGCCAGCGGACGGUCGUUGUCGGAGAUGAUGCGAAAAUGCGUUUUCAGGGCUGCAUCAGCUCGGACCCGGGACCCAUAGAGAAAAGCAAUUCUGUGAACAACAUGACCGACCGAGGAGGCGGCAACGGCAACAACAUAAUGGCCCUCUGAGAUCAGUCACGCGUUCCCCUACUGCUGGAUAGAGGCUGAAGUCGCUGCGUCCCAGCUUCGGUGCAAAGGGGGAAAGCGUUGUUUUGAGAAAAUUUAAAAUAAGGCUUAGUUUGAUUAUUCUAAUACAUCCACGAUAUAUAUAUCUAUCUAUCUAUCUAUAUAUUUAUAUACAUAAAUAUAUACAUACAUAUAUUUAACUAA